AUGAGCACAUUUGGCAGCCCCGGAACAUUGCCUACGACUAGGCCUACCCCGCCCCAGCGAGGAAGCUUCCCGUUGGACCAUGACGGCGAAUGCAAGAAGGCCAUGCAGAACUAUCUGUCAUGCAUGAAGAGGGUCCGCGGGGUCAAUGAGGAAGAGUGCCGCCAUAUGGCAAAGGAUUACCUGACUUGCCGAAUGGAUCGCAACCUCAUGGCCAAGGACGAGUUCAAGAACCUCGGCUUCGCCGAGCCAGAAAAGAAACCGGAACCCGAAAAGGGCGUCAAGGGUGAACUGCACUGGUAG